AUGAUUGAUAAAACCAACAUUUAUGUUACAGUUUCAGAGAUCAUCACAGUUUCUGCUAGGUCUCACAACUCAGUGGAACAAGGCCAAACAGCGACAUUACCCUGCUGGGUCAAUCCAUCCCAAAGUGCUGAAGAUCUGGAGGUUCGAUGGUAUCGUGGCGAUUGCUUUGAUACCCCUGUCAUGCUUCGCAAGGCAAGAAAAUUUGUCCAUGAAACCCAGGAAUCUUCAUAUAAUGGCAGAGUCUCAUUUGGCGUAAAAAACGCAGCGUCCGGAGGGCUGAAGACGGGUGAUGUCAGCCUGAAGCUGGUAAACGUUACUAUUGGAGAUGAAGGAGUUUACACGUGUUACAUCAGCAGGGACUUCUCACAUGAUAGCACAACUGCAAGUCUGAGUGUCACAGUCACGGGAAACCCCCCGCUUCUGUCUGCAGUGUGGAAAGAAGAUAAUGUGGUGAAUGUGAGCUGUGAAUCUGAGGGCUGGUAUCCACAGCCGGUGCUACGCUGGUCGGACGGAACAAAAGAUCUUAACCGUGAAAAUCCAAUGUACAGCAGGCUCUCGUCGGGUCUGUACUCGGCCCGGAGCUGGGUCACUGUCCCCACGUCGUCUGAGGUGUCCUGCUCAGUUGGCCUCCAUGAUGAGCACAUGCAGAGGGCCAGGAUGCGUCUGGAACAUUAUCAAAGGGACUCCUUGUCAGGUGGAUGGGUGGCUUUUGGGAUACUCUUCAGUAUCGUAUUAGCCGGCCUUGUACUAAGAGCUGUGUACUUCAAAAAGAAAGAUUUUCAAUCUUCAACAGUAAAUGUUAAACUUGAGGACCCAAAAAAUGAAUUCAUCACAAUGAGAGGUAAUAAAGUGAGGGACAGUGGUAAAGAUUUUCCAGAUGGAGAUGAAGUCACCUGUCUCACAGCUAUCAAAGGAACGCCGGGCUUCUCCUCCGGACAGCACUACUGGGAAGUUUCUUUGGGAAAUGUAAACGUCCCAGAGCCCAAAAGGUCCUGGUGGAUAGGAGUUACGAGUGAAGCUGAAAUCCCUCGGAGAUCAGAUUUUUCUCCAAACACAUCCAACGGGUUCUGGUUUCUGUCUUCUUCUCCCGAAAUAGAAAACACUUUACAGUUUAACACAGAGCCAAGGAUAUGUCUCCCCAUUCAGUCGAGACCAAAAAAAGUUGGGGUGUAUUUGGAUUAUGACAAGGGAGUGCUUUCUUUUUAUGAUGUGGAAGAUGAAAGGUUAAUCGGCUCUUUGGCCACUGUGUUUAUUAAGGAAGUGUUUCCGUUUUUCAACCCUGGGAAAACUGACCGUGCACAUAUGGAGAUACUACAAAGAACAGAGCAGAUAAAUGAUGCAGAUACAGAAAAGCCAACAGAAACGCCAUCAGAAACACGUGGCGAGGGAGAAUAAAUUUGGUUGUUUCUGCAUCUUCGCUAAAGCCGGUGUAGGUACUUUACCAAUUUGAAACACCGAUUUCAUUUUUAUUCAAAACAGUUAAACUGUACCUUCAUAGUCAUAGUAGCACAUGUUUAACUACCUAUAUAUCAAAUGCAUUUUUAAAAAUAAUUGUGUAUGAUCUGUUCUGCACUACAACAAACAAAUGGUUAGAAAAUAUACAAUCACCUACAAAAUACCUCCAAGUAGAAACUCAGAUGAAAAACCCAAUUAUCCUGGAUGUUGUGGACCAUUAUCUCUGU